UAGCAGCGUUGUAAUAAUAAGCACUAAAAAGUAAUUACUGCAUAAUUGCAUUGCGGUAAUCAAAAUCACGGUAAAAUAAUGAGAUCUAUCAUUUAUGUAUACUUCUAUUGGUACAGACUUAUAUAUGGCCAGAACUUUUUUCUUGCCAGAGCAGGUCCACUUCUUUUUGCAUUUAAAACACGAAGAGCUCGUGGUCAACUGAACUGCUGCUAGAGGAAGGUUGCCAUAUACUCUGGCCGAUUAACCCUACAGGCUAUUAGGCUAACGACAGUAAAAAACCAAAACAAAGCAAGGUUGCGCUCAAUGGCGCUCACAUGCCUCUGUCAAUAGAAAGUUUGCCAAGGUAGGAAACUUCUUCCUUGCUUUCGGAGUGGCGAACGUUCGUGUUGGUAAAGACAAUUGCUGAGCGGUCAAGAAAGUGUGGGCCCAGUUACGAUUAUGGGAGCAGAUGGAUUCCUGUUGGAGUUGUUGGAGUUAGAAAACCAUUUUCUUAUGAAUUCGCCGGACUGCGCAAGAAGGAUCAGUGGAACACCACGUUCGUUCAUGAAUCCAUCUUCGAAACCCUCGGUCUUCGAGGGCCCCACAUGGAGAUGGGGAUUUUGUGCAUUGCUUUGCAUGGGUUCGAGUGGAUAGUUGUUUGGCCACAGAAGAAAAGCGCAUGAUCGAGUUACGAGCAUUUAAGACUACUUUCAUGGAGCAACACGGUUCCAAGAUCGACGGUUCACAAACAUUGCGCGUGAGUCCGCUGGUAUGGUUCAACUGGAACGGCGCAAGCGCACACCGGCUCCACGAUACUGUCAGAGUAAAUGCCGUUGCGGAGCACGAACAACCGAAGCAUUUCCAAACCGCCCGAUUUUCCUGUGUGCGCUCUUCGGGCAAUCUGGACGGUGCGGAGCGCUGGUAUCCACAUUUAAAGUCGCUCUUUGAGACACCGAGAUUGUUAAAAAAAGGUGAUACCGUAUGUUGCAACGUAUCGCACUAUCUUCCGGUUAUGCAGCGUGGAUCCGACAUAAUUUAUUUCCGUCUUGUGGACACGGAGCCGGAGACCAUGGUACAUGGACUUGUUGAAGUGGAUAAAACUUUCUUGUUUAUCGUUGGCUUUAUGGGAUCGUAUGUUCCGCUGGCGAUGGAGCACUUCUACAGCGACCAUCCGCAAAAGCCGCUAAAGCACACUGUUGCAGAACUGGGGCUGGAGAAAGAUUUAACAACUCUGCUGGAAGUGUUAAGAACGUUUUCUUCAAAGAAUCUCAAAAAUCCUCCAACGGUUUCGGUCUUGUUAAGUGGCGAGCCGGCGUGCGGCAAACGCAUUUUAUGCUAUACUGCAGCUCUGCGUUUACACAUGCAGGUUUUUGAAAUCAACGUUGUUCGAGAUACUUUUGCCGACACGAUUGCGGCGACCGAGUCUCGGAUCCAGCAUAAAUUUGAAAAGGCGUCGCUCUGUGCGCCGUGUGUCAUACUCCUGUCUCAUUUGGAGUUUUUUCGAAAAAGUAAGCAUGAACCUCGUUUAUGGCAAGCCUUGCAUCGUGCAAUUAAGGAUGCUACGUGUGCCAAACGAGAUUAUCCGGUUAUUGUCAUUGGCACUUGCAUUGGACCCCCUAGUCAUGAGUUGGAAGAUUUGUUUUCUGUGAUUUUGGAAGUUAAGGGCCUGGUGACUUCCAGAGUGCCUUCUUUAAAUAGGUCACUCGCUGGCAGUUUGCAUAAUGCCGCCGCGGAACUGAAUUAUGACGGUUUGGUCAGUGCCUCACACCACUGGGACUUUGGUGAUGUUAUUUCCCUGUUAGAGUCGGCUGAAUUUCAGGCAUAUUCCCGCUGUGUAGAUCAGAGAAAUACCCAGGAACAAAGCAGAUCGUUGAAACAGGCUGAUUUUAUGAAUGGUUUGCAUGAACAAGAGGCGGCUUUUGGACAGCACUUUCAGUUGAAGACGCCGGUGACCACGUGGACCGAUAUUGGCGGCCUGGAAGACGCCAAGCUAGAAUUACUGCGGUUGAUUGAACUUCCGAUGCGGUGCCAGCAAAUCGUGGACAGUGGCCUGCAGAGAUUUGGUGUACUGUUAUGCGGACCCCCUGGAAACGGGAAAACCUUAUUGGCCAAAGCCGUGGCGAAUCAGUGCUCGUUGAAUUUCAUCAGUGUGAAAGGUCCUGAACUGAUCAACAUGUAUGUGGGGCAGAGCGAAGAAAAUAUUCGCACAACAUUUGAUCGUGCAAGAAAAACUGCUCCUAGUUUGAUCUUUUUUGAUGAGCUGGACAGUAUAGUUCCGGCACGGGGUCGAACAGGCGAUUCUGGCGGCGUGAUUGAUCGAGUGGUGUCUCAGAUGAUGACGGAAAUGGAUGGAUUGACUAGGCACACGCAAGUGUUCGUUUUGGGAGCUACAAAUCGUCCGGAUCUCAUCGAUCCAGCCUUGCUGCGGCCCGGAAGGUUUGACCGGAUUAUUCAGAUUGGUAACCCAACCACAUCAAAGCACCGUUUACAGAUUUUAAAGGCAAUAACUCGCAAAUGCAGUUUGGACAAAUCAGACCUUCUCGAGCAUGUGGAACGAAGGCUUGAGUCUGACAUCUCAGGUGCUGAUAUUUAUGCCGUUUGCGCAGAUGCCGCUUUGUUUGCGAUGCAGCGGUUGGUGUCUUCCGGGAUCACCGAUGCGGAACUGGUCAUUACGAAUGAUGAUUUUGAUAAGGCCAUCGAGCGGAGUCUUUGUACGCAAAAUGUAAACGUGACCAAAGGAUAGCCCUGAAUCGGCUCGUACUGUAGUACGAUACUGAAUCGGCUAGUUUCACUUGCUCAUCUUGUGCCCUGCAUUGAAGCAUUUGUGAUAAUCGUACUUCCUUGACAAUGAGAUUUGGAUGAGUAUGGUUUCAAAUUCGGGUUUUGUCUCUUCAUAGUUGUCUGUAUGUCUUCCGGUGCGUACAAGCCAAAGAUUGUCAGUUUAAAAGUAUUUUCUGUGCGAAAAUCUCGCAUAUUUCAGUGUUUACGUCCUUUGAUUGCUACUCGUACACAAACUGCAUUUCAAACUGACCAGUAUGUAAUGAACUACGAAGCGAAACCACAACAAGAGAAAUGCUCAGAAAUCACAACCGACCAAGUCAGAGUAGACCGCCAAACGAAGCAGCUGGAAGAGACUCGACGGUGAGACUGAUGGUGAGCAGUGCUUUAAUUCGAAUUUCCGAUUGGCCGUAAUAGCUGAAUCGAACUGAACCAUCAUAAGCAAGAAAAUGCCCUUCAAGACUGAAGUUAUGGAAAACGUCUCCGUUACCUCAGGUGUGCUGACUCUUUGAUGAAUGUUUUGGAAAUACUGAAUAUAUACUUACUCGAAUGAUUUUCGAUGGUUGUUUGCGUCUUAGCGAUAUAAAAUGUUGUAAAUUAAAAUCAAUAUGGAAGGAUGCUCCUGCUGUCUGGCCCAAAAGAUUUGGUAAGAUUUUUUGGGGUAGUUUCCUUGCUACGGUGAUGGAGUACUGUUAGAGGGGAAUAACCAGCUUCUUGUGUCAUUUCCAGCCUUAGGUGCAUUUUGGUCGUAUUAGUGGCAUUUGUGUGGAUUAAUUAACCGACAAAGCGCGGUAGAAAUUA